GCAGUGAACAGAUUUAGACAUUUUCCGCUUAUGUAAAGCGCAGGCGGACUGAACAGGCGUGUCCGCGCGUGCAUUCUGACGUUAGGGAGACUUCAGCUUAGCUACUGGUCUGACAAGUUCCUGGGACUUUCUGCUUUUUUUGCCACGAAUUUUAAUCUUCUAUAACGAUUUACCUCGAUCCAUAAUGCUGAAAUCCAUCAUGGGCCAUGCGUAUGAAAUGAAACACCGGCGUGUUGUUUAAUCAUGGACACAACGGAAUGCACGAGACUUUUACCCAAACCGAACCUGGACCCAAAACACCCUGAGACGUGGAAACGGCACAUCCUCAGGCAGCUGAAAUAUCGCGAUAAAGCUCAGAAGAUCGCCUUCCAGGAUGUGAUCCGAUCAUAUGUGAACCUGCGCGAGCGCUGCGAACAACGUGCAUUAAUCACCCAAAGCCUUAUCUCUCCUUCGAGACCGUUUUCUACAUCUGAGGAUUUGGCAUCUCUGAAGACAGCCACUGGAGAGCUUGCUUACAAAGUAGUGGAGCUGCAGCAAGAGAUUAAAAUCAAGGAUGCUUUUCUUGAAAAGCAACAUGCCAGUUUACUUGAAACACACAACAGCCUCAUGGCUGUGGAAUUAGAAAAAGGCAGACUGCAGUCUGAUGUGAAGAAGAUGACGGAUAGCAACUUACUCCUCAAGAGUAAGUAUGACACUCUUCAUGAGAGCUAUCAGCACUUGGAUGAAGUUUACAGGAAGGAAAAACUACAUGGCUCAGAUAUCCUGGAGGAGAUGAUUCAUUUGAAAGAACAGGCUGCUGCACGCAUGAACCAUCGCAAUGAGAGAAGACUGAGAGCCAGGCAAGGUCUUCAUAAGGAUCUUGAGAUGGCUUCCAGUAAGAGUUUGAACAUUGACACAGUACCCAAAAGUGUUUCAUUACCAUCAUCACCAUUACUACACAGGAAUGAAAGAGGGGAGCAUUUGGAAAGUAGUCAUUUGCGAGCUUUCAGGUCAGCUUCGGUUGCUUCUCCUCGGAUUCUUGGUUCAAUCAGAGGUCUAUUUGAUAAGAAGAGGCGAGGUAAUUCAGUUAGCAGUUUGGAAGAGGAUCUCUACACACCUCUAGGAGUUUGCUUAGUAGCUAGAGUCCCAACCAAAGUCAUUCAAUCAGUGGAUGCUCAUGAGCUUGGCAUCAAUGCAGUGAGAUUCAGCCCGAGGUCAAAUCUGCUGGCCACAGGAGGCACAGACAGAGUGAUCAAGCUGUGGGACAUCAGCUCAGGGAUGUUGCACUACAGAGGGACACUAGAUGGGAGUAAUGAGGGCAUCACCAGCAUUGAGUUUGACUUGACGGGCAGCCGAAUUGUAGCUGGAUCGUAUGACAACUCGGCUCUAAUUUGGCAGCUGGAUGAAUCUGUUCCAAAGUGUAUACUGACAGGUCAUUCUCGCAAAGUGACAGCAGCAAGGUUUAAAUAUAACCUAAGGCAGGUGUUGACUGGGAGUGGAGACAGGACUGUAAAAAUUUGGGACCUGCAACGUGCUGCCUGUAUACAAACCAUUGAGGUAUUGUCCUACUGCAGCGACAUAGUGUGCUCAGACUAUUACAUAAUCAGUGGCCAUUUUGACAGAAAAAUACGAUUCUGGGACAGCAGGGCAUCAAGCUGCACUCAGGAGGUUCCAUUACAGGGCAGGGUGACAUCACUUGACAUUUCACCCAACCACAGACAGUUACUAAGUUGCUCGAGAGAUGACAGCCUGCAGCUGGUGGAUCUGAGAAUGAGCAAUACCAGAAUGGCCUUCCGGGCAGAAGGUUUCAAAUGUGGAAGUGACAGCACCAAAGCUAUCUUCAGUCCAGAUGGAAGUUACCUGGCAGCUGGCUCUGCAGAUGGUGGUGUGUACAUCUGGAACAUUAGCACAGGCAACCUGGAAACACGACUACCACCCAUGCACAGAACUUCGGUUAAUGCAGUGGCUUGGUCAAUGUCGGGCGAGUAUAUGGUGAGUGUUGAUAAAUGCCGAUGUGCCAAUCUGUGGAGUGACAUCUGAAACUGGAUUAAAGUCUCUGUACUCUCUGCUGCUGAAUUACACACCAGCAUCAGUAGCAUCCACACAUCCAUGUUCAGCAUGUGAGGAUCAACAUGUUCUAUACACUAAAGCAGUCAUUAAAAGAGCUCCAGUGUUUCCAUUGCUCAUAGAACCAAACACCACAAGCAUGUUAAAUUUCUUUCGGUCUGGCAAUCAUAUUGUCUUAAAGAGCGAAAGCCUGUUGACAAAAAUACACAGAUAGCAAGAAAAUAGAUUAUGAUGGUUGGUAACAUACUGAGUCACUCUCAUAUUUUCAUCAGAAAUAUGAUCAGAUUGCUUAUAUAGAAAUUAUCUAAUUAUAUUUCACAGUGUAAAAAUAAAAAUAAAUUUUGUACAGUAUGUCUAUUUUGUAAUUUAUCAUUUAUUAUAGUGCAGUAUAUAAAUACAGGAAUUUUGUAUCUGUACCUGAUUUGUGCUGCAGUGCUUCUUCAAAUACAAUAAUGUGUCUCAUUUUUCUAAACUUAUUCAUUUACAUUCUCAUUUGUUAAAGAUAUCCAGUUGCAGUUUUUUACUGUGUAUAGGGAGUGUAUAGAUUUGUUUACAUUCUUAUUUUCAACCCACAUGUACUGACUGUCAUGGUUUAUGUACCGACUACUAGAUAAAUAAAAUUCUUUCCCUUUUUCUUACCAGCA